AUUUGGUUUGAAGUGUCUUUGAUGCUGAGCUUUGAUUUUCGGUUUUACCAGGAUUGGGCGUUCUUUAAAAAGAAUUUUAAUCCAUGGGUGCGGCUAAAGCUGAUGCUACCAAAAAGAAUGAUCCAAAGGCGCAAGCCGUCAAAGCUGCCAAGGCUGUGAAAUCAGGACCAACAUUUAAGAAGAAAGCUAAGAAGAUCAGGACAAAGGUCACAUUUCACCGGCCCAAGACAUUGAAGAAGGAGAGAAACCCAAAGUAUCCUCGCAUCAGCGCACCACCAAGAAACAAGUUGGACCACUAUCAGAUUCUGAAGUAUCCACUAACUACUGAGUCUGCCAUGAAGAAGAUUGAGGACAACAACACACUUGUGUUUAUUGUUGACAUUCGUGCUGACAAGAAGAAGAUCAAAGAUGCAGUGAAGAAGAUGUAUGACAUUCACACCAAGAAAGUCAAUACUUUGAUCAGGCCUGAUGGAACUAAGAAGGCAUAUGUAAGGUUGACUCCAGAUUAUGAUGCCUUGGAUGUGGCAAACAAGAUUGGCAUCAUCUAAAUUAUGGUUUUGUGAGUUAGAUCACCAGCAAAGUGAUACCAACAUAUUGUUUUGUUGACAGUUUUGUUAUGAGUAAUUAAGUGAUUUAGGGCCCCAAUAUCACGUUUGUUUUCUUUAAAAUAUUUUGAGAACUAUAAUUUCUGUUUUAA